CCAGGGGCAAAUUGCCACUUACAGGAUGUGAGCGAUUCUUUUCAUUUUCCAAUUUCCAAGAUCGGCCUCAAGUCCCCCACUAGUUUGUAACCAAGAAGGCGAUCCAUUAUGCCGGGUGUAUCAACUACCGGCGGCACGGGCCCCAUUGUCGGUGACCUGGAUAUCCCCAAACGGCUGUCGUACGUGAGCGGCACGUCGCAACCCAAGGACCUCGAGGAAGGAAGCUACACCGGUGUGAAGACACCCGAUGCGUCCGGUGUUGGCGAGUACGAAGGCGGUGCGCUGCGUCCCGGUGGCAUGCCCAACCUCAUGAGCAAGGAACAUCUUGGUCUGCUGUUUGAGUAUGCCACCGUCGGUCUGGUGUAUGGUCUGCUGCCUGAAACCAUCUACCCGUUCAUGCAGCAGUACCUCAACUGUUCCGGAUCCCAAGUUGCGGCCGCCAAGCAACUGGUUGUGUUACCCUGGAGUUUCAAGGUCUUCUACGGCAUCCUGUCCGAUUGCCGUCCGAUCUUCGGAUACCGUCGCCGCCCCUACAUGCUCAUCGGCUGGACGAUCUGUAUCAUCAUGCUUCUCGUCAUGGCCAUCAUGCCUAUCGGCAAGCCAUACUACACGGUCGCGUCGGACCGUGACGUCGCCGUCGCUGACUACACGGACGAGAUCAGGGCCCGUAUUAACUACGACGCUCCGUCGGAAGGCGCCAAGUACGUUAUCAUUAUGCUGUUCGCGGCCUGCGGCUACGUUCUGUCGGACGUGUGCGCCGACAGUAUCACGUGCGAAUUGGCUCAGCAAGAACCCAUUGACAAGCGUGGUAAGACGCAGUCGGCCAUUUACGUCGUGCGUACGGCUCUCGUGAUCUUCGGAGAACUCCUGACAGGAUUCUGCUUUAAUGGCGAGGACUACGGCGGCGACUUCAACUUCUCGCUAAGCUUCCCGCAGCUCAUGAUUAUCGUGACGGUACUGUCCUUGCCGGUCCUGCCCAUGACCUGGUACUUUAUCCACGAAGAGAAGUCUGAGCCCGCCAACUUCCGUCAGUACAUCAACGACUUCUGGGACUUGAUGUGCUCCCGCGCCGUGUACCAGGUUAUCGCAUACAACUUCUUCGCUGGUAUCUUCAACACCAUCACGUACACGGCCAGCUCCCCGGUCGCCUCGUACAUGGUGGACGUCACCCCAAUCAACAGUACGGUUAGUGAUAUCCUCAGUAACCUGCUGUUCAUGGCCGGUAUCAUGAUCACAUCCAAGUGGGGACUGCACUGGAACUGGCGCUGGAUGAUCCUGGCUACGGGUGCGGUGGUUAUCGUUGUCGACUGUGCCGUCGCGAUGAUGGUCGUCUGGGACGUGUUCCGUAACCAGUGGUUCUGGCUGGGCCCUCCUAUCGUCGUGCAGCUCCCGUACGGCGUCGGCUGGAUCAUCUCGACGUACGUCGUGGUGGAACUGGCUCAAGUCGGCAACGAGGCCGCAGUGUACGGCUUGAUCACGACCGUGAGCAACGUGGCACAGCCGUUCGCCACGUCGUUGACGCUUCUGAUGGACGGCCCGUUCGACAUCACCAACGACCGCGUCAAGGAGGACGACCACUCUGUCCGCAUGGACAUCACGUACACCAUCAUCAUCAUGUACUCGUGCAUGGCCUUCUCGUGGGUCUUCCUGUACUGGUUGCCCAAGCAAAAGGAGGAGACCCAGGAGCUGCUCCGGAAGGGUGGACACAGCAAGCUUAUCGGUGGCAUCACGGUCUUCUACCUGGUUUUCGCGAUCAUCUGGUCCAUCAUGACCAACAUCAUGGCCAUCUUUGACAGCACCUCGUGCUUGAUCAUCGCCGGCGGCACCGGUUGCUAAGAAACUACACGUAGCGAAGCCGGUCGGAUGAAGACCGCGCUUGGAGAAUUGUCUUUUCGUCUCGAUAGUAAUGAAAAGUGUUGAUAAAUUCACUGCCUAAUACUGCUUCGAAGUGUGU